GAGAGUUGGUAGAGAAUAUGAUUUUCAGUAAAUAAACUCAUAAUUUCAUGAAAACAGCUCAAGACUACAUAGAGAGUGCAUUUCCAUUGCGAAAUGAUCAUUGAAAUGGUAAUCUUUUGGCGCACAGGGCAUGCUACGAGAGAUACCAAAGCUUCAGCUGUUCAUACUAAAUGAUGAAGAGAUUUGGCUUUCAAAAGGGUCGCCCCCGCAUCGUUGCUGUACGACCUCCCACGUUCUAUGUCGUACGAUACCCUCUACGCCUCUCUCUUGUCUUACAAGCGAAGCCAGACGCUCGGUACGUGCUUCACGUGGGAAGAAUCUACCGGAAUACGGAUCUAAUCGUUCAUCGACGGUUCUAUCGCGGUCUUGUUCUUUCUCUAAUUCCCUGAUGGUUCGGUCCGGGUCGUCAGGGUCCGGGCUUGCCGCUACGAGAGCGCAGUAAUUUAGUACUUCAGUCCGGGUCUCCCAGGAAGGGAAAAGCACUCUCUCCUUGAAAUCUAAGCAUGACUGAGGAUCAAUCUGUUUUGAGGUUGGUCUUGGGACGCGUUGCGAUGUGGACGAGGG